UGCAGCAUCAUGAUCAUCAGGCCGUCUUUUGUGCAGUAUCCUGAACGCAUUCAAAACGCAAGUGUGUGUUUCUAGCGACAGAGUUAACCCAUAUGUAAACGAGAUUUUUCUGAACAUACAGUCCGUUUAAAGGAAAGAGAAGAAGAGGAGCUAACGUGAGGUGCCGGAUUAACUGUCGCUGUGUUUCACUUGCGCGCCUCCUCUCUUCUCUUCCCGGUUACCUCUUCUCUGUCGCCGCUAUGGGCGGCUCUUUUGUCCCGCUGCUCGCCGUCGUACUGUCAGCCUGGUCGGCUGUCGGUGACCCCGCGGGAUCUGCUCACGUCGACGGAGCUCCGCCUUCUAAAAUAGCUGUGGUCGGAGCUGGGAUAGGAGGCAGUGCCACAGCCCAUUUCCUGCGGCAGCACUUUGGCCCUGAAGUCCAGGUGGACGUGUUUGAGAAGGGCGAGGUCGGAGGCCGUCUCGCCACCGUAACUGUCAAUCACAAUGACUACGAGUCUGGAGGUUCCAUCAUUCACUCCCUCAACCUCCACAUGCAGGAUUUUGUCAAGCAGCUUGGUUUAAAGUAUCGCCGCAGCGUGGCAGGUAAGACGGCCGUGUUUAACGGUGAGGAGAUGAUUCUGGAGGAGACAGACUGGUACCUGCUGGAUCUAUUCCGGCUGUGGUGGCGUUACGGCAUCAGCUUCAUACGCCUGCAGAUGUGGGUGGAGGAAAUUAUGGAGAAAUUCAUGAGGAUCUACAAGUACCAGGCUCACGGCUACGCCUUCAGCUCGGUGGAGGAACUGCUGAACUCUCUCGGUGGUAGCGGCUUCAUCAACAUGACCCGGAGGCCGCUCUCUGAUUCACUUCUGGAGCUGGGCGUGUCGCAGCGCUUCAUCGACGAGGUCAUCGCGCCUGUCAUGAGGGUCAACUACGGACAGAACGUCAGCAUCCCCGCCUUUGUAGGCGCUGUGUCGUUAGCCGGUGCCCAGAACAACCUGUGGGCGGUGGAAGGAGGCAACAAGCUGGUGUGUUCUGGCCUGCUGAAGAUGGCCAAUGCUAACCUGCUGCAAGCACAAGUCAGCUCCAUCUCCCCUGUCUACUCAGCCGAGGCGCCCCAGUACCAACUGAGCUACACCACAGCAGCAGGGCCUGGAUCCGAGCUGUAUGACAUUGUAGUGUUGGCGACACCGCUCCAGGAAAGUUUCAGGUCCGGAGUCCAGUUCCAGGGUUUCACCCCUCCUUUCGACCAGCUCCCCGGCAACUAUCACAGCACUGUAGCAACCAUUGUCCAUGGUUACCUCAACACCUCAUUCUUUGGUUUCCCGGACCCCCGCCUGUUCCCCUUUGCCAGCAUCUUGACAACUGAGACGCCCGAUGUGUUUUUCAACAGCGUGGCGAGUGUUUGUCCCGUCAACAUCUCAGCGGGCUUCCGGCGUAAGCAGCCACAAGAGGCUGGAGUCUAUAAAGUGUUCUCUCCACAACCUCUGGACAAGAUGCAACUCAAAAUGCUCUUCAGGUCGUACUAUUCGGUGCAGGUGACAGAGUGGCAGGCCUACCCCUGUUACGGCAGCAGUCAAGGACUGCCACCUGUGGAGCUCCACCCAAAUCUUUACUACCUCAAUGGUAUCGAGUUGGCCGGCAGCGCCAUGGAGAUGAGCUCAGUGGCUGCCAAGAACAUCGCCCUGCUGGCUUACCACCGCUGGAACAGACAGACGGACAUGGUGGACCAGAAAGAUCUGAUGCACAGGAUCAAGACAGAACUAUGACCUGGUCAACUGAAAACCAAAACAUGCCUCAGCAGAGUUACUCAGAUAUGUCUUUAUUUAAGGAAGCAGAGAGAGGGUUUCUGGGUAAUUGUAUCUUCUAGCAACACAAAGCAUAUGUGCACACAUUCAAAGUCUCCGACUGUCUCUGGCUGGAUUUUCAGAUUAGGGUACUAAACUUUUAAUUUUUAGUUUGACUUGUGAGAAGUCUCCAGUAUUUUUAGAGACACGUCCAAGUAAUAUGUUAUUAUAUACAUAUAAUAGCCUGAAUUAAUGAUAAAUAUCCACCAAUCCAGUACCGCUUAUCCAUUGGAGGGUAAUGAUGAACAUGACCAUAAUCUGACCCCGCUGUAUCCAAAAUAAACUGAAACAUACACUAUGAAACAGAAGAAGAAGUAUUAGAGUCAAAUCAACUCAUUUCAAUUGCACUGAAGGCGACUGUGGCACCGUGCUAUUGUCCAAAGGCCAGUUUGAUUUCGCUGAUUGCGUCGUUUUCCAUGCCAGCGAUAUCGCAGAUAUAUGAAGCAUUUUGCAGCAUCAGUUGUGGAUUGAUUGCUAAUGUUAAUUAGUGAUUUCAUCCAAAAAAUUUAACUGCAUGCAGUUUUCCUUUGCGAAGAAAUAAAGAAAACAAGCGAACGUGGGAGAGACCAGCUCAUAUUUAAUCUCAGCAGAAAGUGAAUUGACUGUUAGGAAGCUGUUUUAUUGGGUUGCUGCGUCAAAGUCGAGAAAACGCUCGAGAAUUGAGACUGAGAGCAUUAAAGAGAUACUUUUAAAUGGCUGCUUUAACAGCUAUGAGAUAUGAGACAGAUCAGUGCAGCAACUCUGCCCUCAGGCACACAAACUGACUCUGUCAUAUACUCAAAAACAACUGCAGUCCUGCUAUUACUGAAUAUAAAUUUAAGGACUGUUAAUGGACUUGCUGUUGGCGUGAGCUGUACCAAGGAGAUCUCAUUUGUAAAUUAAAAUCAUUAUUCAGUGACUCAUGGUAGUGGCCACUGGUGCUAUGCUCUAUUGCCCCUUUCAUCAGACUGUUUAUUAUGUCCCCUUCCUGCUGCUUUUGUUGCAUAAUCCAGCGGAAAGAAUUUUUUUUGGGGGGGGAAUGGAGCCAACAAACUCUCACACUGGACCAAAUAAAAGCAGAGGUCAGAUCCGUGGAGCAGCUGGUGGUGAUGAUGACACAAAAGCCUCAUUGAGAUCCGCCAUUUUUAAUAUAUGGUGUGAUAAUAUGAUAAGAAGCCAUUGACUGGUCAUUAUCCUCAUUAGACUUUUGGAAAUUAGUUGUUUUAUUCAUUUCUAUAACAGGUUCUAAUGUAUAACAGCAGAUUUGGACUGAUGUAGAUUUCUAGAUUUAGAAAAACUGAAAACCUUGUGACUCCAAAGUGCUUCAGUUGUUGGAUAAUGUGAUUGUGUCAUGUGAAAGGAAAACACCACAAACCUUUAAUCUGACUAAAUUCUCCAAACGCCAUGAUGGCGUCAGAAAUUCUGGUGGUGAAAUGAAGGCUGGCUAUCUUUGGCUCUUAACAACUGUCUUUUUUUAAAUUCAGCGUUCUCAGCAUCAGCUUCUGUACGUAGAACAGUCAAAUAGUUGUAGCAGUUGGACCUUCAUGUUAUGAUGUAAAACAAAUACACACAAUGAGCACUAUGGGACCAUGUUGUGGAUUGACAGAACAAUCCCAGCUCAAGGUCUGUUUACCAGCUUUUUUGAAACUGUCAUUUGCAUCGCACAGUCUUCACCUUCAAUUUGAGUUUGCUCAGUUGACGUGUAGAUGGCUCUGUUCAUCCACAGCACCUUGUGGACUUGACUUGAGCAUAAAGAAAACAGUGUAAUAUGGUUGCAAGUUCCUGAAAAGCCCAAGUUAAAUGGAACAAAAGUGGGAUUGUGUCUACUUUCAUGUUUAAGAUUCAUGGUUGCAUUGAUUAAACGCAUAAAACUCAUCGCUGUUCAUCAAAAUUAUAUGUUAAGAUGAAUCUUUCAUGAAAAGAAAAACACUUUAACACCUCAAAAUGGCUUGGAUGUAAUUCUGCACCUUUGAUUUCAUUUAGUAUGAGUGUAUCUAAAUAGUCCCCAUCUCUACCUCUGCUAACGACUCCUCCACUCGCCUGUUGUUUACUCUGCUAGUGCACGCUACACAGUGGUCAAGUGGUAUUAUAGGAGUAAUUCAGCCACAUGUUCGAACUGGAAACCAACUGGAAUCAAACCAGUUCCAAAAAGCAAACACGUCUCUGCCAUCGUUUUGAAUGUAGUGAAACUGAACUUGCAAAAUACUGAUUCAUCGCUACACCUGUCUUCCCUGAUAUCCCUCGUUUCACAGUAGCCUCACCCCACACGUUGACAGUAUUGGUCCUUCAGGUGUGUGAUGUAUGAAACUGGCGGUCUGAAUCUGUGGUUGUGAGGCUGCCAUUGGACUUGGCCAUUGCUGGCUUUAGAAAACACCAUAAGGACAUGCUAACAAGGUUAAAAACUUGAUUCUCAUUGGAGGUCAUCUUAAACUUCUGCACCAACAUGAACAAGAAGUCCUUAAAGUGUGGGUGCAAUCAGCUGAGCAGGUCUUUCUUCAAUGUUUUUGUAAUUGUGGGAAACAGUUGAAAGUUCUGGGCAAAAAGCUACUAAGUGGACAUUAAGUUGAGAUUGUUUCUUCAAAUUACUAUUUUCAAGGUCAGAAUGAACUUUCAUGCUCGACCUUGUGGAUGUUUUGCACGGUGGGAAAGAAAAAAGCAGAAGUUUAGACUUAAGGAAAAUAAAAUAGCCCAGAAUAAAAGCAUGGUCUGUAUAUUCUUCAAGAGUGUUGGGCAACGGUAGAAGAGGUACUUAGAUCUUUCAGUAAAUGUAUACGACUGUGUAAAAAUACUUAAUAACAAGUAAAGGUCCUUCAUUUAAAAUCCUCCUGAAGUAAUCAAAGUGACAGUAUGCGUUAUGCAGUAAAAAUGUCCACUAAUAUUAUUAUAUAUGAUGACUUACUACUGAUGCAUCAGUGUGUAAGCAGCAUUUUACCCCCCACCGUAGGGGUCAGGCCCCUCUGAAGGGCCACCAGAUGAAUCUGAGGGGUCACAAGUUUUUCUACAUAAAUGCAUAUUUAUUAUUUUGGACUUCUCUGUAAUCUUCAAUUCAUAGAGAUUAAGUCGUGAUAAGGAGCCUCAGCUGGAUACUGACUUUGUGUGUUUGUGAGAGAGAGAUGUCACAAACCAAAAAUGUUGAGAACCUCUGGAUUCAUCUUUGCUAAUGUAUUGAAUUUACAAGAUGGUCAUAUGUUUCACUUGCUAGCUGUUUGCAGAGCUUUAAAUGACAUCUCAGAGUCCUUAUGGACAGUCAUAAACUGCCUACAGACAAACAGAGGAGACCACAGACUGAGCAGACUCCACCCACUGAUGAAGCUCAUGAGAUGUGAUUAAAAGUUCAGAUGAAGGCGAGCAGGUAGACCUAACUGCUGUCCCUCUACAAAUGUAGUUCCGCAUGUUUCAACACUUUUCAUCUGCCUGAUCAAAUAAUGCAGCCGUUUAUAAUGCAUGAUGCAUUAUUCUGACUGUUAACGGAAUAAAAACA